CUGCUUCUUGCCUCUUCCUCUCAUGGCAUUUAAUUUCUCAUUUCUUCUCCAUUGACCUCUUCUGACUGUCGCAGUAGAGACUUGAAUUGCCUGUGCCUAUCUAUCCAUCAUCUCCUGUCGUGCUUCCUUCCCCUCUCCCCCCUCCCCCCAGCGCAUACUCAUCAUGUCCUCUCAAGAACGCCGUGAGGACGAAGACGCCUACAUCCAGGCCGACGAGGCCGAGGAAGUCUUCCAUCGCGAUGAGGACCAGCCCAUGGAGUCCGAUGGUGAAGACGAAGACCAGGCCAUGACCUACGAGGAGCAAGAAAUCACACUCGAGAACGACUCCGCCGCCCACUUCGACAGCCAUACCGACUCGGUCUUCUGCAUUGCGCAGCACCCCAUCCACAACCAGAUUGUCAUCACGGGCUCCGGUGACGACAAGGCUUACAUUUUCGACUCGACGCCCAACGCCGUGCGGCCCCUCCUUCCCCAGAGCUACGAGUCCAACCCCCAACCGAAACAAGAGCGCGAGUCCCUGCAACCGCUGGCGGAGCUGGUCGGCCACACGGACACCGUGAACGGGGUUGCUUUCACCGAGCCCAAAGGCGAGUACGUCGUGACCGCCGGCCUGGACGGCAAACUGCGGGCCUACCGGGACACGACGCCGCAGCUUACCGGCCUCGCGUGGGAGCUGGUCGCUGAGACCCAGGAGGUGGAGGAGAUCAACUGGGUGGCCGUGUGCCCCAACGUGAAAGGCGACGAGGAGAAGAAGAACGUGGUCGCCCUCGGCGCCAACGACGGUAGCGCCUGGGUCUUCCGCAUCGACCACACCGACGCCGCCCAGCCCAUCUCCAUCAUCCAGACCUUCUUCCAGCACACCGCCUCCUGCACGGCCGGCGCCUGGACCCCCGACGGCAAUCUGCUGGGCACCGUUUCUGAGGAUGGCAGCUUCUACGUCUACGACGUCUUCGGCGCCGCUGCGGCCGCGGGUGUCGCCUCCUCCGCCGGCACGAGCGCCGUCGUCGGUCUCACGCCCGAGGACCAGCGCUUCGCCGUCGACGGCGGCCUGUACUCGAUCGCCAUUUCCCCGGGCGGUGCCAUCGCCGCCGUCGGCGGAGCCGAGGGUCACAUCAAGGUCGUGGGUCUGCCGCGAUUGACCGGGGGCGCUGCUACCGGCAAGGCCAAGGGCAAGGCGGCGUCGCAGGCGCAGACCGGCGCUUCUGCGGCGGGCACGCUGCUCGCCUCCCUGCAGGCGCAGUCCGAUGGGGUCGAGACGCUCUCCUUUUCCUCCCCGCCGCUGACUCUGCUCGCGGCGGGCUCGGUCGACGGCUCGAUCGCGCUGUUCGACGCGGCGCAUCGCUUCGCCGUGCGCCGGCACAUCCGCGAGGCGCACGAGGGCGCCGUCGUCAAGGUCGAGUUCCUGCAGAACCGCGCCGGCGUCGGCUCCGCGCCUCCCCGCGCGGGCCCGCUGGCCGCUGCCUCGGCCCCGCAGAGCCAGUCGUGGCUGCUCACCUCGGUCGGCAUGGACGGGAUCGUCAGACGGUGGGACGCGCGUGGUGGCACCGCUGCGGCGGGGCACGGGUUGUUGAAGGAGUGGAAGGGUCAUUUGGGUCUGGUGGAGAACUCGGAGGGCGAGCAGUCGGGUGGUAUCAUGGCGUUUGUGCAGAGCGCGGAUGGUAAGCGGGUGGUGACGGCGGGUGAUGAUGGUAUUUCCCUGGUUUUCGAGGAGUGAUUGUAUCUCGGUUUGAAUGUGGUUUUGCUUGUUAUGAUUAGACUUUAAAGUCAUGUAUAGAUGUGCGGUGCGGCUGGCUGUCAGCUGGGAGAUUUUACUAUUAUGAAUGAUACCUUAUCC